UUGCUAUGUUUUACUCUCUUACAAGCUGGUUUCAAAGCUACUUAUGGACGAUAUGAUGAUUCUAUUCAGAAUCCAAUAAAAAUUCCGGCAAAGGCUGCUUGGCUUCUUCAAGAAAUGCCUUCAUUCAUCAUUCCCGUUUACUAUUUGAUAAUAUGCAACAGUUGGGAAGGUCGCUUUGUUCUUCUUCUAUUCAUAAUUCACUAUGCUCAGAGGUAA